UUCACCUUCGACCAUCACAACACCUCUAUCCCCAUGUCCACCCUCACCUUACGGGCUGCAUCUGCAGUCAGGCCGCAUAUCAUCAACAUUGCCCCCACCGGCCCUUUCCCCAAUUCCGGCCCUUCAAAGCUCCCUGCCGUAUUCUACCACCCCUUCAACAACAUCAAGGGCGAAGAAAGGGAAGUGGCUAGCAAUGGCGAUGGCGCUUUGGAAGCGUGUGAGGGAAAGGCUUUACCUCUGAACCCCUCCGAUAUUGAGCGCCUUGUCUCGACGAAUGGCUUCGAGCCAUCAUGGCGCUACGGCAUGUUCCCUUUCGACCACUUCCACUCGAACGUCCACGAACUCCUCGUCUCCUACACAGGACAUGCGACACUCAUGCUCGGCACCACGACCAAGCUGCGCGUGCAGCCUGGCGACGUACUGCUGCUGCCUGCAGGCAUGGCGCACCGCUGCAUCGAGUCUUCACCGGACUACUGCAUGGUCGGGUCCUACCCCAAAGGUGCGGAACAAUGGGAUACAUGCAGAGGCGGGGAAAGGUGGGUAGAGGAGAAGAUAAAGGCGUUGGGAAAGGGCGGUGUAUCUGUGGACUCCAUCUAUGGCGAGAGAGAUGGAACUCCAGUUGGAGAGGCAUGGAAUCUCUAUAAUCAGUAGUGAGAGAACAGCGUGCUUCAGAACAGAACAAAGGAAGAGAAAAGGGAUCAACGAGAACACUGUUCGACUAGGACAGGAGGCUCAGCAAGUACCACACGCACCUUGAGCAUCCCGAACAGGGGCGCUGACUGAGCAACCCGCCUUCCCCCCGGACGCCAUCCGCCGCACCGCGCACAGGGAACCAAGCCCUCCCAUUCAUCUUGCGCACUGAGUCCAUUAUUCCUGCGCACUGACAGACGGAUAAAUUAUAACCGCGGGGCGACUUACCUCUGCUGAGCA